AUGGACAGAGAGGUUGAAAAGAAAAGGAAGAAAAUCAAGAACAAGAACCGGGGGUUGAGCGAAAUCGAGAUGAGCAAUAUUAAAGAAGCUCAGGGAAGUGAGGUUGGAAAAAAUGUGGACAGAGACAGUAAUUUUGAACGAAAGAGUUCUGAAGAUGAUAAUGAAGAGAGGAGGAGGAAGAAGAAAUCUAAGAGAAAACAUGACGAUCAAGACUCUGAGAGGGAGGGAAAAAAACAGAAAAAAGAGUUUGGGCAACAUUUUCAGAUUUUGGAGGGUGAAGAUGCAGAGAAGGUUGGAAGGAAUAAAAGGAAGAAGGAGAAAAAAGAUAGAAAGGAUGACAAUUGGUGUCGUGACAUUUCUGGUGAAGCUAAAUAUGACGAGGGUGAUUUUCCUUCUGCGGCGCUACAGGUGCCAGAUAAUGUUGAGGAAAAGAUUGGGUCGAAUAAACAUGAUGGCGAUUCCACAGAGGAACUCGAGAAAAAGAAGGAAAAAAAGAAGAAAAAGAAAGAACAUGGUAAGGAGGAUUUACGUGCUGCUCAGGAAGAUUACGCACAAACUGACACCAGUGUUUGUAUGCAUACUGACGAUAUGCAAAGUAACAAGGAAGAAUAUGCAACCAAAAAGAAGAAGAAGAAACAUAUUCGAGCAAAGGAAGAUGGUUCUGUGGAGUUAAGAGAUAAUAGUUCUGCACAUGAGAAGAAAGGAAAAAAGAAAAAGACCAAAUCAGUGGAGAGCGGGUCAAGUGAUGAUGCUACACCCAAUACAAGUAACAAGAAAGUUCGAUUUUCUAAUCAGGUUGAUGUUUUUCCCCUUCCAGGCAAUUCAAGAGUCAAUGUUGAUGGUGGUGAUCUGGUUAGAGGUAAGCGGUUCACGCCUGAAGAGGAUGAAAUCGUCAAAGCCGCUGUUAAAGAUUACAUAUUUAGUCACGACUUAGGUGAAGAGGGUCUGGACAUGGUGCUCAAUUGUAAAAAGCACCCCAGUGUGAAGGGCUGUUGGAAAGAGAUUGGGUCCGCCAUUCCGUACAGACCUUACACGGCCGUAUACUACCGUGCACAGAUUCUAUUCCGGAGAUCCGAGACUCGGAAGUGGACUGAGGAAGAGUAUGAACAGGUCCUUAAGUUCUACGAGGAGCACGGCAAUCAGUGGAAGAAGCUGGCAGACGAGCUCGGCAAGCACAGGUUUCACGUGAAGGACACGUGGCGGAGGAUAAAAACGGCCAACACCAAGAAAGGGCAGUGGUCACAGGACGAGUACCAGAAGUUGUUUGACCUCGUGAACAUUGACCUUCAGGCGAAACUUCAAGAGGAAAAAAAAUCCAAGUACGGGAUGCUACGUGACAAUAUCUGCUGGACGACGAUUAGCGAUGAGCUGACGACACGUUCUCAGGCGGUUUGCUGUAUCAAGUGGUAUAACCAGCUGACCUCAUCAAUGGUGGCCGAAGGAUUGUGGACUGAUAUGGAUGAUUAUCGGUUGAUUGGUGGGCUUUAUAGCCUGGAUGCGACUUGCAUGGAGGAUGUGGAUUGGGAUGGUGUAGUGGAAGGAAGGAGUGGAGAUGUUUGCCGAAGGCGUUGGAAUCAGAUGGUUAUGCAUUUGGGGCGAAAUGGGCAGCAUAAGCCGUUUGGGGAGCAAGUUGAGAUCUUGGCUCAAAGAUACUGUCCGCAUUUGCUGGAGGCGAGAGAGAUUUGGGACAAUAAGCCGAGAGUUCCGUGA